AUGCCUGCUCGCCGAAAGCCUACGUCGACCAACAAAAAAAAGGCUGAACAGCAGCUCAAACGCGCUAUUAAACGUGGUGAUGUAGCCCCCGAACCCAAGAAACCAACACCCCAUCGCAAACCAAAAGGUUUCAGGCUCGGCCCAACAGGGCAGCCCAUUGGUUCAGAAAACGUCACAGUGGAAUCCGCCAGACGCUUGCAAUCCACCUUCAUAAAGCUUCCCGAGAAUUAUCUGGAAGAAACCAAGAGAUUGGCAUCAACCGUACCUUUGCAACGCCCAAUCAUGGCUCAGCAAGCUGUGUUUGCCAGCUACGAUCACGGCAUGCGAAAGGAGGAUCUGACGUGUCCUCGUAGGCCGAAAUGGCGCUUUGACAUGACAAAGAUCGAAGUGGAACAUAAUGAGGAAGGUGUUUUCAAGAAGUGGGUUGAACAGACAGAUCAAACCCUUGCUGAGUGGCAGGUCAAAUCGAGUGAAAUGCUGAAGGCUACUACCGAGCCCGAAGAUUCACGCCCACCAUCUUCUGCCGUUCCUGCGUCACCGUCAUACUAUGAACGUAACAUUGAAGUUUGGCGACAAUUAUGGCGUGUCACUGAGAUAUCACAGAUCAUACUCGUUCUCCUUGAUUCUCGAUGCCCGAUUUUGCAUUACCCUCCAUCCCUUGCGGCUUAUUUGGAAAGCCGAAAGGCCAUCCUCGUCUUAACCAAAGUUGACAUAACUGGCCCAACGCGUGUUGAAGCAUGGAACAAAUACCUUCACGCACAAUAUCCUCACUUACCUAUAGUGUCCGUUGAAUCUUACACCGAAAAAGAAAUUACCGCUGUGCAUCAAGGUCGGGCUCAGUAUGAGCCGAGUAUUCCUCAUCAUUUUCGACAGAAACUUAUUGACGCCAUCAAGAAAGUCCACGCAGAGAUGCUUGAGCCCCCAGAGCGAGUGAAGAGUAAUCCAUCUUGGUUUAAAAAAUGGGUCCCUCCGGUCAAGCGAAAUGUCGAUUGGGAUGGCCUUCUGAAUGCCACUGGUGCCAAAGUUGGAGCCGUGGUUGGUGGGCCGGCUGUACCGCAGAACAAACUAGACGUCGAUGGUAGCUUGCCAGAGAUGCCAGAAAAUCAAGGGGAUGGAAUUCAAGAACCAGAAGUUCUUACCAUUGGGUUGAUUGGGCAGCCAAACGUUGGAAAGUCAUCCCUCCUGAAUGCCUUAUUCGGUGCAAGGAGAGUUCGAGCUUCCAAGACACCCGGAAAGACGAAACAUUUUCAAACACUUUAUUGGACCAGUGACGUUCGCCUUGUGGAUUGCCCGGGUCUUGUGAUGCCAAAUUACAUCCCAAUGGAAAUGCAGGUUCUUGCCGGAAUUUUGCCAAUAUCACGCGUUUCUGCGGUGCCAUUGUGCGCAUACAAUGCGGCCAACUUCCUCCCAAUCGAACGGAUUUAUAAACUGGUUCAUCCGACUACAAAUGUGCCUCUUGUUAAGGACAAACGGACGUGGAGGGAGGGCAUGAAACCUGAAGAACUCCCUGAUGUCAAUCGGCCGACGUGGACGGCUAUAGACAUUCUAACAGCUUAUGCGGAUGCGAAGGGCUGGGUGACUGCCAAGGCUGGAAGACCAGACGUCCAUCGUGCUGGAAACGCUCUUCUCCGCGCGUUGGCUGAGGGUAAGAUCUCGUGGGCAUUUUGGCCUCCAGAUACGCCUCAGGAGACAUUGAGUUCAGAACUAAACGAGGCAGGACUUGGCAUCUGGAUUCCCCAAGAUAAGCUACUGGACCCCGAGAGCGAACAACUUGAAGAAAGUGAAGAGGAAGCUGAAGAUGCAUCGGCGAAAGGAGCAAGCAGUGAAGAAGAGAUGGAUAGUGAUGUGGUUGAAGAAUUUGAUGAAAACAAUGCAAAAACUAGCGUCGUUGGCAGGUUCGGAGCCCUUGAGGUUUACGAUGAGUCUGAAGAUGACGAGAUAGAGGAUGAGGGGGAGUAA